AUGGUCCUGCUCCAUCUAAAUUACCAGAGCCAUAACCCACUAGAAGCCACCAGUGCCGUUGGGACCCGGUUAUGUCGAAUAACUUCCCUUCCAACUGAAGUUCUUUCGAUCAUUUUCGGCAUUUUAAUCGAAGACUACGACGAGAUCUGUAAAGAUGCGAUACAAUACUCCAGUACACUGGUUUACGAAAAAGGAGAGAUUUACCAUCCUAUUCUUUUUGGUGUGCGCUACGUGUGCCGUCGGUGGUACCACAUUACUUCAGCACUUCCUGGUCUUUGGACCACUAUUCUAAUGAGACCCAACCUCCGUAUCGCCUUUGAUCACGCUGGAUACAUAGAAGAUUUUCAAGAAAAGAGGAGAAUAGAGAGCACAAAACUACGCAUCGUAUUGGCUGGCCACUCAAGUCCUCUAUCCUUGGUUUUGGAUCCCAACUAUGUACAAAGCGGCCCAUUUCUUCCCUUCCGCCCAGAGGUGGCACAUUACAUCGAUCUGUGUUUUUCCCCCGAGGUACAAUCCCGUGUCAAGUCGCUAGCUAUCCGGUUUGUUUGCCGGGAUAUGCUUAAAUACUUCCAUGAAGCGCUUAUAAAGGAUCCAAGAAAUUCCCUGUCCGGGUUGGAUACUCUGAUAUUGAAUGCCGACCGUCACAGAGAGAAUAUCCUGAAUAACCCCCUGUCGAUUGACCUGGACCUACGCAUUUGGUGCGGGAGGUUUCCAUCUCUGCGCCACCUCCAUAUCGUGAGCCGAACCGGAAUGGUGAUUCUUCCAGAUUCGAGACAGAUUCGACAUCAAAUUCGUACCUUGACUAUCGAAAAAAGUUUUAUUUCCUACCUGGACGCCAUCCAUAUUAUCAAUAUGCUGGAGGUGGCUGAGGUUAUUCGCCUUGAAUCAUAUUUUGACAAAUAUUUAACACGUCCUCGACACCUUAAUGAUAAGGAAAUCAAACGAGCAAAUCGGCCGUACUUGAGGGUUCUAGCCUUAAGAUUGUGCAAUCUUCAGGCAAAUGUAUUAAGUUAUUUCAGUUUCCCCAACCUCCGGUACCUCGAAGUAGUAAAGGUGUCUUUGCAUUCGUUGUACGAGCGGUUGAUACCAUUCAUCAAACACUCGAAAUGCAGGAUCAAUUAUCUUUCGGUAUAUCACGACCACUACUCGCGAGAUUGUGUUCAAUUACCAGACGUCCUAGGCGAUCCGAUAAUCAUGGCCAUUCCUAACUUUGAUCUCGAAUAUAGGCAGUUUCGACAUUCACGUAGGCCUGCGGACUAUUUGAAAGGAUCUAUAGUCAGACAAUACUUAUGCGACUUGGACGUUGAGCAUAUGCGGGAAACAAUGGUAGAAACAUUUGAUAUGGUCGACAAUGCUGAUCAGUCGGGAGAGAUUAACGGUUUCAAAGACGUGGAUAUUUCAUGGAGACGUCCGAAUGCAGAUGACUUUGCUUGA